AUGUUUAUCCUCUCUGGUUCGCCAUCCACCACAUUCUUCAGGCCUAGGGUUUCGUCUUCGUCUCUCUCCUCCUCCUCUUCUUCUUCUUCUUCGUCUUCUUCAUUAUCAUCCUCUUCUAGGCUGUGUUUGGUCUCUGUGAGAUCGAGUGCGCGAAAGAGCUCUGCUUGUCCUUGCCUGUUUUACUCCUUGAAGGUGAGUGCUAUGGCAGAGCUGGUGAAGGACACGGAAUCGUCUUUAUCGCCUAUUCAGAAUGCGCAGAGGAGGGAGACUAACCAUUCUCGUACGUUUCUCAAUACCACCACUGAAGAAGGUGAGAGUUCUUUGUCAUUUCCGCUGUUUGGCUCCUGA